AAAAUUUAAUCGCGAUAACACUUUAUAGACUUGUAUAUACUAUCGCUUUACAUUUCAGAAAGUGUGUCCAAAGUGUACAGAUUGCAAGAUUAAGAAAGCAAAGUCAGCCUGAAGUUGUGUUACAUCAUCGAGCAGAGCGCACUAGACUGAAGUUAUCCAGUAUGCAACAGGCAGCAGUGGGGAGACGGAAGGCUUACCAGAUGAAGUCGGUGCAGUGGCUGCAGAAAGUCGGCUGCUUGAAGAACCUGGUUGACAUGACGCAACAGGCACCGUCGGGGGAGGGAGGAGGCCACUGGAAAUUGGGAUGUGGUGUCAUCGUGUGGAAAAACGUCGCACUGCAGGUGUAGACUACAUUAUGUUCAGCACAGCAGUCUACACGUCUUCCCAAGUCUAACCUCUGAGAUGUUUAUACCAGAUGUGGAUGAACAUACUUUCUUCUGGAAAAUUUGAAACGUCAAUGUCAUCAGGCCUGAAGUCCAGGACUUACGCUAUCAAGGAUCUAUUUACCCAGCAGCCCUUAUGCUGGCCACAUCCCCAGUCAGAUACAAAGGGAUCCUGAGGAGACUUCACAACAAGAUGACUUCGGCUUUGGCUUUUUUGAUCAUCUGCCAAGUAGCUUUCUACACAACUGUAUCAUCCAAAAGAGUAUGUGGCCGCCCACCUAUCACUGACGGGAUUGAUGCGUCAGCCCUAAAAAGAGUGUAUGAGGUUGGAGAAGAGGUGACCCUCUCGUGUGACAGGGGAUACUUGCCUUCAACAGCAACCCCUGGACGGAUAGCCUGCACAGACACAGGGGAGUGGACACAGUCAAACCUGGCAUGUUCCCCUAAGACGUGCCCAAUCUCCAGGCCUCUGCAGCCAUUAGCAAUGGGAAAGACUGAAGUGCCAUUCAAGAGUGUGCUUAACUACACAUGUGAUGAUGGCUACAUCAUACAAGGAGCCAAUGAAGCCAGAUGUUUACAUGAUGGCACCUGGAGCAACCCACCACCCCUCUGCAAAGCUGUGAAUUGUCCUUUGCCGAAGCCACCUACAGAUGGGAGAGUUGUCCAUGAUAAGCCAUUUACUGGAACCGUCAGUUAUGGACAAAGCUGGACAUAUGAGUGUAACCCACCUAAAGCACCAACUUAUGAAAGAGGAUCCUGCAUGGCUAAUAGAAGUACAACUGAGCCACCAGUGUGCCGAGAGGUGAGCUGCCCCAUUCCAGCAGGUAUACCAAAUGGCUUCAUCACCUUUGCUGUGAUGAGGCAACAUGGCUACAAGGAGAAGGUCAAAUAUGCUUGCAAUGAACACUAUGUCCUGGAGGGUGAGGCUCAGAUACAGUGCCAAAAUACAGGAAACUGGUCUGCCCAGCCAGUCUGCAGAGCUCCCUGCACAGUUGGCAUCAAAAGAGGUCGUAUCUUCUACAAUGCCAAGAAGCUCUGGAUUGAAGACUUGAAGCCCAACAGAGUCAUCCACGGGGAACCUGUUGUCUUCUAUUGUCUGAACAAAGCUGAGAGCUGUGGCUACCCUGUGGCCAGCACCUGUAACGAUGGAGCCCUCCCCAUCCCAGAAUGCUUUGAGGAACCAGGAAGGCUGGAGUACAACUUAAGGCACACAACCCUUCCAUCAGAAAUUGCAAUGUGUGCUGCUUCACCCCCUGCAACCCCGACAAACCACACUGAAUGACCUGAAACACCACAAACACCAGAUAUGAUUGAUUGGAAUCAGAAUAAUUCUUCUGUAAGAUAUGCUACAAGACAGAGGUUACCCUUGAUAGUGGUCAAAUGGGUCUCUCAU